AUGGCCGACACGACUGGAAGCAAACCGAAGAAGAGCCUUGUGCUCAAUGCCUUCGUGGAGAUGUGCAGUGGACAUCAGUCGCCCGGUCUCUGGAGGCAUCCCGACGACCAGUCAUGGCGAUUCAACGAGAUCAGCCAUUGGGUUGAGCUUGCGAAGCUACUUGAGGAGGCCAAGUUUCACGGCAUCUUCAUCGCCGAUGUUCUUGGUGGCUACGACGUGUACUCGCAAUCUCUCGACCCUGCGAAGAUUUCUGGCGCUCAGUGGCCUGUUAACGAGCCAUUGGCACCCAUAGCCGCCAUGGCUGCAGUGACGAAGAGCAUCGGUUUCGGCGUGACGGUUUCGACAACAUAUGAACAGCCGUACCAUUUGGCAAGACGGCUGUCCACAGUAGACCAUCUCAGUGGUGGCCGCUACCUCGAUUCGGCGGCGAAGAACAUGGGUCUCGCCCAGCAGCCCCAACACGACGACAGGUACGCACAGGCCGAGGAGUACAUCAAGGUCAUGUACAAGCUCUUCGAGUCCUCUUGGCGCGACGACGCCGUCAAGCUCGACCGCAAGUCCGGUGUCUAUACCCAGCCCGACCUGGUGCGCAAGAUCGACCACAACGGCCGCUUCUUCAAAGUUCCCGGCCCGCACAUCGUGCAGCCUAGCCCGCAGCGCACGCCUCUCCUCCUGCAGGCCGGCACCUCCAAGGCCGGCAAGCAGUUCGCCGCGCAGCACGCCGAGGCCAUCUUCGUGUCGGCGCACGCGCCCGCCGUCUGCGCCAAGAACAUUGCCGAGAUCCGCGAACUCGCGCGCACGCAGUACGGCCGCAACGGGAACGACAUCAAGGUGCUCGCGCUCGUCACACCGAUCCUGGGAGCGACGGAGGAGGAGGCGCAGAAGAAGCUGGCGGACUACCGACAGUACGCCUCGCACGAAGGCGCGCUGGCGCUCUUUGGCGGCUGGACAGGCAUCGACCUGAGCAAAUACGGCGACGACGAGGAGCUGAGGCAGGUUGAGAGCAAUGCCGUCAAGUCCACGGUUGAGGGCUAUGCGCGGUUCUCGCCCGGCACGUCAAAGUGGACAAAGCACACGAUCGCGGAGCAUGUCAGCAUCGGCGGCAACGGACCCAUCUUUGUGGGCACGGCCGCGCAGGUUGCCGACGGGCUUGAGGCAUGGAUUGAGGAGGCCGACGUCGAUGGAUUCAAUUUUGCGUACGCCCUCUUUCCGCAGUCCUUCAAAGACAUCAUCGACCUGCUGCUUCCCGAGCUGCGGCGUCGCGGUCUAUUCUGGGACGACUACGCCGUCCCUGGCGGCACAUACAGAGAGAACUUUUACCGCAAGAAGGGACAGACAGGUCCGCUGGACGAGCACGUCGCGGCGUCAUACCGAUGGAAGGCGGGUGUCCCUGCGGAGGAGGCCAAGAUCCCGGAGUAG